AUGUCGCAAACUGAAGCAGACAAUAAUGUACAUGAUGCUAAUGAUAUGCUGACAGUUAAUAGUGCGCAAAUUAACACUCUAGCUGGUGACAUUUGCCGCAUAGGAGUUAAAGCACCUGCUUUCAGCAAACGAGAUCCAGAUCUAUAUUUCAUUCAAAUGGAGUCGCAGUUUCGAAACGCGGGCGUAACAACGGAUCAAACGAAGUACGACCACGUUGUCGGCAGUCUCGACAGCAACACGUUGAGGAACAUCGCCGAUAUCAUACGUGCUCCACCUGCCGUUAAUAAGUAUGAAGCAGUCAAGAGACGAUUGAUUCAAGAUUUCGUGGAUUCAGAAAAUCGCAAACUUCGACGGCUCAUGCAAGAAUGUCAGUUAGGUGACCACAAGCCGUCGCAUUUGCUACGAACGAUGCGUGAUUUGUCCAGUGGCACUAUGAACGAUGGCGCAAUAAAACAAUUGUGGUUGGAUCGUCUACCAGAAGCUGUACGAGCGGUCGUGUCCAUUUCUGAUGUCGAUUUGGAUAAAUGUGCACAACAAGCAGAUAUAAUGCUGGAAAUGGGAAAUUACAAUUCUGUUUCUGAAGUGCAUACCAGUGAGAGAAAUUUAGGCAACAAUCCAGCUGUGCCUUCUUCCUUUGAUGUCAGGCAUGUAGUGAAUGCUGUGGAAGAACUUAGCAAGCAGUUUCGAGACAGCAAAGUGUCGCAACACCAAUUUCGCUCACGACGUAGAUCAAAUACAUCGGCACGAACACAACAUUCACGAACGCGCCCGGAAAACCUGGUAUUGAAAUAUCCAGUGUGUUUCUACCAUCAUCGUUUUGGCGCAAGUGCGCGCAAGUGUGCCAAGCCAUGCAGUUUCACACCCAUGGAAAACUGUAUUCCGCUUCGUCACCGGCGGUUGGCGAAGCAAAAAGUUAUUACAAAUCCAGCCGAUUAUAUGUUUUAG